UGCUUUUUCUUCUUUACCCGCAGUUUUGCAUCGGAUGGUUCUUGACCCUCCAACUUCAUCCAUUGCAUCUCGACGGGUGUGGAGAACCAAGUAUGAAGUUCGAACGGCCUCAUCUUCGGGUGGCGCACUCGCGCUCUGCGUUCGCCGAUGGAAGCUCUCGCUGGACCAACCUUGAUCUGGACCCGGUUCCUCUCCAUCGUCGGAAAUGGGGGGCGCUUAGCUUCAUCUCGUACUGGGUUUCAGACGCAUUCAACGCAGCUACAUGGCAGUUUGCCAGCAGUAUCUUGGCUGUAGGCCUCAGCUGGCGCGAGUCGCUCAUCAUCGUCGCCAUUUCUUUCUUCAUCAUAUCUUUCGUCAUCGCGGCUAACGGCGCCGUGGGCGCGCUCUAUCAUAUUCCUUUCCCCGUGAUUGCACGAGCCAGUUGGGGUUUCUGGGGGUCAUACGUUGCUAUCAUAUCUCGAGUCAUUCUGGCACUGUUCUGGUUCGCCAUCCAGAAUGUCAACGGUGGAAAUGCCGUGCGGGCGAUGAUCGGAGCCAUCUGGCCUAGCUUCUUGAAGGUGAAGAACGAGAUCCCCGAGGAUCAAGGUAUUACUACAAAUGGCAUGGUUGGGUACUUGAUCUUCUGGUUAUUUCAGCUCCCGUUUCUUUGCAUCCACCCAAACAAAGUGCGGUGGCUAUUUGUGGUCAAGUCAGUCCUGGUUCCCAUCUCAUGGAUUGCGAUUUUGAUCUGGGCGUUUGUGGCCGAGGGCGGAGGUACAAUGUUCAAAGAGAAAGCGACCGUUUCUGGGUCACAGUACAGUUGGGUAUUCCUGGCGAGCAUGACUUCGGUUCUUGGCAACUAUGCCACGCUCAGUGUGAACCAGUCCGACUUUUCUCGAUACUCGCGUGUCACGGCCAAAUGGCAGCUGCUAUACGUGCCUAUGCUGCCUAUUGUCUUCACGUUCAUCUCAUUCAUCGGCAUCGCCGCCUCCUCCGCUGGAUACGCCCGUUAUGGCGGGUCUAUCCCAUGGGAUCCGAUCGAGCUGAUCAGCCACUGGUCUAGCCGAGCCUGCCGCUUCUUUGCGGCGUUUUCAUUUGCCCUGGCUUCUCUAGGUGUCAACAUAUCCGCGAAUUCAAUUUCAGCGGCUAACGAUCUGAUGGCCCUGUUCCCCGGGCAUGUCAACCUGCGCCGAGGGCAAAUCAUCUGCGGCCUUCUGUCCUGGGCUCUGGUGCCGUGGAAGAUCCUUGAAUCUGCGGACAGCUUCAUGAACUUCAUGUCUGCGUAUGCGAUCUUCCUGGGACCGAUAGCGGCGAUCAUGCUGUGGGACUUUUGGCUGCUGAAGCGCGGGAAGUACGACACGCUGGCUCUAUACCAGCCAAACAACCCAGUAUACAAGUACUCCGAGUGGGGCGUGAACUGGCGUGCCAUCGUCGCGUUCAUAGUCGGCGUGGUGCCGAGUCUGCCGGGGCUGAUCAACUCAGUCAACAGCAGUAUCUCGGUGGGAGUGGGGGUCCACCCAUACCAGUUCGGUUGGCUACUGGGGUUCGUAGGGACCACCGUAGUUUAUGUCGGGCUGUCGUGGUGGUUCCCUCCCCGGCACGCUCUCAUCGAGAGGGCUGUUUUGGCGGAGGAGAUCUACGAUGGACAGGAUGUUGGUGCUGGUUCGGAGGAGACGUUUGAUAACAUGCAGGAGAAGACCAAAGUAUAAAUAGUCAUACUUUUAAUCUAAUCAUCAAGCACAUAGCACACACACAAUAUAACAAAUCUAUACCAUACACCCGUAGCAGACAAAGAAACGGACCCAAAAACAAUCCACACAACGCCAGAAUGAACACAACCCAUCAACCCUCCCAAUCGACGCCCCUGGCCUCCUUCAACACCUUACUCACAGCGGA